GUAUGGUGAGUACUCCAGUUGAAGUAAGAAAAGGUUCAUGGACUGAAGAAGAAGAUAACAUUCUCAGCAAAUGCAUUGACAAGUUUGGAGAAGGAAAAUGGCAUCAAGUUCCUGUCAGAGCAGGGUUGAACAAAUGCAAGAAAAGCUGUAGGCUGAGAUGGUUAAACUAUCUGAGACCAAAUAUCAAAAGAGGUGACUUUACACCAGAUGAAGAUGAUCUCAUUAUAAGGCUUCAUAAACUGUUAGGCAACAGAUGGUCACUGAUUUCCGGUAGACUUCCCGAAAGUAUAGCCAAUGACGUGAAAAACCAUUGGAACUCCCAUGUGCAAAAGUGUUGGAGGAAAGAUGAGUAUACUAACUUGGAUUGGCUAAGGUUUUUAAGAGGACAACGCUAA